AAAAGAAUAAGGCGAGCUGAGCUGGUAUUGUUUAUUAAUUAGGAUGUUUAUCGCAAUCCACGUCAAGGAAAACACGGCGACAGGCGACCAAUUCGUCCAAAGUAGCUUCAUUCCCUUCCUUGUUUUGUUUUGAUUUCCUUCCUCUCUUGUUAUUUUCCUUCUUGUGGAUUUUGGCACCGAUUGCCUCUUCCCCUACUCCGAUCCAAUCCCCUCCUUCCUUCUUCUCCCAAGGCCAAAGAUUAGAUUAAAACGUGAGGGACUUAAGUCGCAUUUGUUGUAAUGGUAACAGACUUGGAUUUCACGAUGUCAAACCCACAAGGUCCACCCAACUUUGGAAACUUGCAGUCUGGUGGAUGGCAUUCCUUCCUUCCUCCAAAAUGUCCCAUUUUUACUACAUCAACAUCUGCAGAUUUUGUAGGUACUAAAGAAAAUUCAAUAUCUAGGGAGGGGUUAAGAACGCACCAGCGUACUGCAUCUGAGAGUUUUCUUCUUGAGGAGCAGCCCUCUUGGCUUGAUGACCUUCUUAAUGAGUCUGAGAUGCCUGUGCGGAAAGGAUCUCAUCGGCGGUCAUCUAGUGACUCUUUUACAUACCUGGACACAUCUAGUAUUUCAUGGAAUGGAGACAGUUUAGCCCAGGAUGACCACAAGUAUCGUACUUCAGCAGCAGUGCCUUCAUGGGGACCUCAGGAAUUUGAUUACCUCAAAGACAUGCAGCUUGCAUCUUAUUAUAAUGAUGCAAAUUCAACAGGAGGAACUCGAAGUAGAGGCUUAGAGUUUAGCAAGAAAAUGGCUACCUAUCCAAGCAACAGUCUUCCAUCAGCGAAGGACAAGCUUGUACUUCCAGGUUCAUCUUCUGCUACAAAGAAGUCUGAUGCUUUAUCAUCUACUCUCAUGGAAGGCCAAGUCAAAGAGGAAUGUAGUCAAGAUCAGGUAGGCUCUUCUGAUACCAAGGAAGGCCCUCAGGCUAAGCACAGUCAAUCUGAGAUGGAAGCAAGGCGAGCUAAACAGCAAUUUGCUCAAAGAUCUCGAGUACGCAAGCUUCAGUACAUUGCUGAGCUGGAGAGAAAUGUUCAGGCAUUACAGGCAGAAGGACUGGAACUUUCAGCUCAACUGCAGUUUUUGGAUCAGCAGAACCUUAUACUGAACUUGGAGAACAAAGCCCUGAAGCAACAACUGGAUUGCCUUGUACAUGAGCAUCUUGUGAAAUGCCUUCAGCAUGAGACAUUGGGCCAAGAGGCUGCACGUCUUCGAACUUUGUAUCAUCGUCAACAACAGCAGCAGCAGCAGCAGCCACCUCCUACUCACAGACGCAGUAAAAGUAGGGACCUUGAUUCUCAGUUUGCCAAUCUCUCCUUAAAAGGAAAUGAAUCAAGUUCCGGUCCUGGUCAGCUCCACAUUUGAAGCUACACUUCAUUAGCUGUCUGACCAUGGUUUAAGUUCCACCACAGAGCAAGCUGGAUUUUGCCAUCUUGUCUGAGGCGCAUACUUUUGCAAUAUGAUUUUAAUUCUUUUAAUAGGUUUAUUAUGCUCACCUGACGGUCAUCCUCAGUUAAUGUGUCUGCUGGGACUCGACAAGUCGGUGGUGUUAGGUUUUGCUUAUAGCUAUGUUUUCCUGUAUAACAAGUCAUUUGUUUACCUCUUUUCGCCCUAUUUGGAUCAUAUCUUGAUCUCUUCUCAGUGAAUGAUGACCAAGAAGCUACAGUAUGUGGCAAAUGACGAAAAAUAAAUUCACUUUGUGUUGUUC